AUGUGGUGGGGAGUGCUCAGCUUGCUGUUUUGGUUCCCCUUACAAGCGGCUUUUCUCACAAACCACAUGGAAACCGUCAUGGUGGAGGAAGGCCAGAAGCUCACCCUAAAUUGUAUCACGUCUGUGACGAAGAACGCCUCCUUGCAGUGGCUGGCUCCCUCAGGGUUCACCAUUUUCUUUAAUGAGCAUCCUGCCUUAAAAAACUCCAAAUACCAGCUUCUCCAUCGCUCAGCCACACAGCUCUCCAUCACCGUGCCCAAUGUCACCCUGCAAGAUGAAGGCGUGUACAAGUGUUUACAUUACAGUAAUUCUGUGAGCACAAAACAAGUGAGAGUCAUUGUGCUAGCAACUCCUUUCAAGCCAACUGUGGACGCUGUGGUUAUCAGAAAGCAGAAUGGAGAAAAACAUGUUAUCCUGAAAUGUUCCACCGAGAGAAGCAAGCCCCCUCCACAGAUAACCUGGCUGCUAGGGAAUGCUGUGGAGCUCUAUGGUGGACUCCACCAUGACUUUGAAAUUGAUGGGAAGAAAUGUAAUACCACCAGCACACUCGUAGUCCACACAUAUGGCAAAAACUCAACAGCAGACUGCAUUAUCCGACACAGGGGCCUGCAAGGAAGAAAACUGAUUGCCUCCUUCCACUUUGAAGAUCUUGUUGCUGAUCAAGAAACAGCUUCAGCUUCAGAUGUUCCUGAGAAAAGCUCUCUCUCCUCUCAAGACCUCCAGCAGCCCAUGAGUACAGCCGUCACGAUGAUAGAAAACUCCAGUAGGCCAGAGAUUGAUGAAAAGAAAGAACAAGCCAUUCAAGACUCAGACUUGACCACUGAAACAAGUGCUCAGUAUACAGGGCUGGCGCUGAGGAAGAGUGGUAUCCUGCUGCUCAUGCUCGUGUCCUUCCUCAUUUUCAUCCUCUUCAUCAUCGUCCAGCUCUUCAUAAUGAAGCUGCGGAAAGCACAUGUGAUAUGGAAAAGGGAAAAUGAAAUUUUAGAACACACUCUAGAAGGUUACAGAUCAAGGUCAACUAAUGAUGAAACAUCCUCCCAAGAGAAAAACAGCAAAACCUCCCACUCUAAGCGUUGCAUGAGCUACAUCACGCGGUUAUACUCAGAUGCAAAGACAAAGAGGAAGGAGAAUGCACGGCAUUCGAAAUUAGAAGGCGAGCACACUCAUAUCCCCGAGAGCAUUGUGUAGUAUUCUGUGCAAUAGAAGACAGGAUUUCAGGGCGGCCACAUCGUCGGUGGAGCAGCCUGUAAAAAGGAGCUUAAUUACCCUGACAUGAAAGAAAUGUCCUUUGAAUGCAAUGCAAGACGGUGUCCUCUGAGCCAGAGCAGCAGGAUGAGGACCAAACCAUGGACAGAAAGCUCCUAGUUGAAAAAAAUAAAAUAAAAUAAAAUAGAACCUAUUAUGCCUGACACUACUUCAGAGCAGAACUCUGCUAAGCCUUGUGGAUCAGGGUCAGUAUGACCAUCAAGCAUCCUACCUGGAAGGGAACAGUGUUUUUUAGAUGUGGGGAUAUAGUGGAACAAAAAAAUUUUUUUAAAUCUUUUCUCCUGGUCAUGAAAGUAAAGAACUGAAGGAUGAAAAGUACCCAGAGAAGAUCUAUGGUACCAGACGGCUACUUUCAAGACAGGCUUUAAGAAGAUGCGAACGUGGGCGUCAAGGAGUAAAUUCAGUGGAAUCCCAGAGAGUAGUUUCUUAGGCUUGCUUACUAAAGCCACAUGAGCCAAGGUGAUAGACUUUUUUUUAACCUGGUUACUCCACGACAACAGCAUGUAUAGAAGUAAAUGAUGAGUUUCAUUGGCUGAGAAUUGAGCUAAUGAAUGGUCAUUAAAACUUUUAAUAAAGAACAUGUAUUUGUGUUUCUAGAGAGUGUAGGCAAUGUUCUUCCUGCUUCUGCAGGAAAGAAAGUGACUGAUGCAUCUUUUUGUUUUGUUUUGGGUUUUUGAGACUGGGUCUCCUUGUAACCCCAACUGGCCUGG